UCUUUUCUUACCUCUUCGAAGAUCGAUUGAUAUUUAACAAAAUUUAUUAGUAUUUAAUAGGACACUAAACUCUUCUUAAAAAUACAUAUGUACAUAUGUAUGUAGUAUACAUUUCUUUGGCAAGCGUAAUAUUGAUUAUUUUAGUAACUACAUAAAUAAAUUUGAACAAACCAAAGAAGACCAUGGAUUCAACCAAAGGGAAGAAAAUCAAAAGUAAAAAAAUAAGAUCAACUGAAAAUCAUGACAAACAGAAUAUAAAUAUGAAAAAGAGCUUCAGUAAAUUUGAUGAUCUGCAGAGGCGGAGCUUGUUACACACUUCAAUAGCUGAGCAGCACCUAGACAACUGUAAUCAAUGUCAAAAAUCGGUAUACAAAAUGGAGGAAGUUAUUCUUCAGUUAAAAACAGGAACAAAGAUAUUUCAUAAAACUUGUUUACGUUGCAAAGAGUGCUCUAAACAAUUAAAACUAGAAAACUUUCAUGCUCACGAUGGCUACCUUUAUUGUCAUAUGCAUUUUAAAUUAAUAUUUGCACCAAAAAUAGUUUAUGAGGAGAUAAAACCACGAAAGCCAGAACUUAUAAUACGUGAGAAUCAGCCAAUGGAAUUGCCACCAGAUGUCGCCAGAGCAUCCGAUAAACCAAAUCUGGGACUUGAUGAACUCCAACAACUUAAUGUGCGAUCUAGAUUUGAAAUGUUUGAAACUGGCGCUUCUUCCCAAAAUAAUAAUCAUUCUCAAGAUAAUCGCCAAGAAACCCCCAUUACCCAUGGCAAAUCGAUUCGAUCAACGCUAAGCAAACUUCAAAAGCUUGGGAUUUCCAAUUUAAAAUCUGAACAAAUAGAGGAAAUUAAUGAAAUCAAAGUAUUAAUAAAAGAUGAUAACUCGAAUGACGAUGAUAGUGAUGAUUGCUCUCGAAUGAUAUUAACUGAAAAAGAAAGACCUUUGGGGUUAGGAGAAGCAAUAAACGAUAUAAAAACUAAGUUUGAGAACGGUGAAAUGGUAACGAAAGAAGAGAGACGGGAAGAACGAAAACAGGAGAUACAAGAAAUACGCUCUCGUUUAUUUAUGGGCAAACAGGCGAAAAUCAAAGAAAUGUAUCAACAAGCAGUUGCUGAAUCCGAACAGGGCCUUACCUCAGUUGGCAAAACUCCAGAAAUUAAACUGACUACAGCACCGCAAUCUAUCAAAGAUCGUUUUGAAAAUGGUGAAGCUUUUAGGAAUAGUAUAAAACUGCAAUUAAAAGAAGUCAUUGAAGAUGCAGAAGUAUUUGAGUCUGCUAUAAGCAAAGACUCACGUAAUAUCUUUAUGCAAAUGGACGCAAAUAGUGCUUCGAAUCUAGUCAGUUCCAGAAGCAGCAUUUCAAAUAAUCCACCAGUAAAAUUAAUUCAAAGCAAUAAAAAGAAUAUCGAUAUGGAUAGGAAUAUCAUAAAAUCGGACGCCAAACCCGAAUAUUUGACAGUUGCCACCGAAGAGUUAACUGAAAGGUUUAAAUUUUUUGAACAAUUUCGUCCAGUUGAAAAUAAAAAGCACAUUUUUCGUAUAACACCGCCACGAGAAGGAGUGGUUAGAAUUGAUACCGAUACUGAUACGGAUAUUCUGUCAUCUACAAAAAAAACUUCCAUUGCUGAGGAUAUUUUGAUGAAAACCAAAACGACAUCAACAAUUUUAAACAAAUUUCGUGAAAUGGAAAAUUUUAAGAUUUUAGAAAAAAAUGACAAAAUUAAACAAGCGAAACCUAUGAAGUGCUUUACUCCGCCGCCCGAAGCAGAGAAUUUUACUAAUAAUAAGUCCGACUCCGAAGAUGAGGAUAUCUUUAGCGAAGAUGAAGAGACAAAUACUAAUGAAGAUAGUGAUGACGACAAAGGAAGUGAAAGUGAAAAUGUGAGAAAAUCAUGUAACCAGGAUCAGGCGCUUCAAGAGGCAAAGAACGCAGCUCGUGCAAAGCAAUUGCGUGCAAAAUUUGAAAAAUGGCAAGACAAUGAAAUUCAACGAGAAUUAAAAGAAGAUCGUGAAGAUGUUUACUCCCAACUAAUUUCUAGUGAUUCUAUAGAAAGUGCCAAAAUAAUACGAGAACGCUUCGAAAAUAUGAAGAUAAACGGGGAAAUGAAAAAAAGUGUUCCCAGACCUCAAAUCAAUCGUUUUGUUUAAUCUCGAUAAAUAAAAAGAACUGAAAAGUGCUUUAUAUUAUCCCAAAUCCUGGACAAGAAAGACCCGUUCCUCCCAGAAGUUUACAAAAUUAUAGUAAUCACACAUUUUACAUGUUUAAUCUGAAAAUAAAUAACGUAUUUAUUAAAAAUUUAA